UGGACAAAUUAUUGGAGCUCUGAGUUUGUUUCUUCCAGUCUUAAGUGAUUGUGAAGUUUGUUUCUGCCCUGUGCGUAGUUGAUAAGAUGGCAAAAAUGGACCAAUUUUGACAAGAUGUAGUGCUGCAGCGUGCCCGAUGGGAUAUGUUCAGUCAUGGCAUCCGAACUUUGUAAGACGAUCUCUGUGGCAAGGCUGGAAAAGCACAAAAAUUUGUUCUUAAAUUAUAGGAAUCUGCACCAUUUCCCAUUGGAGUUACUGAAAGAUGAGGGACUACAGUACUUGGAGAGACUCUAUAUGAAAAGGAACUCCCUUACAACCUUGCCAGAAAACCUUGCUCAGAAGCUUCCAAACCUUGUGGAACUGUACCUUCACUCAAAUAACAUAGUUGUGGUUCCGGAAGCCAUUGGGUCCCUUGUAAAACUCCAGUGUUUGGAUCUUAGUGACAAUGCCUUAGAAAUUGUUUGCCCAGAAAUUGGUCGUCUGAGAGCUUUACGUCAUCUUCGAUUAGCUAAUAACCAACUGCAAUUCCUACCUCCAGAGGUUGGCGAUUUGAAGGAGCUGCAGACACUAGACAUUUCUACCAAUCGUUUGCUAACUUUACCCGAGAGGCUUCACCUGUGCCUUUCUCUGCAGUACCUCACUGCGGACCGAAAUCGUCUGUGGUGUGUGCCGCGCCAUCUCUGCCAGCUGCCCAGCCUCAAUGAGCUCUCCAUGGCUGGAAACCGUCUUGCAUUUUUGCCACUUGAUUUAGGUCGAUCUCGAGAACUACAAUAUGUGUACGUGGAUAACAACAUUCACCUGAAAGGCUUGCCAUCCUAUCUGUACAAUAAAGUCAUCGGGUGCAAUGGCUGUGGUGCUCCCAUUCAAGUUUCCGAGGUGAAGCUGCUUUCCUUUUCAUCAGGGCAACUAACCGUUUUCCUCCCUGCCGAGGUGAAGGCCAUAGGGACAGAGAAUGAUCACGUCCUGCCUCUGCAAGAGUUGGCCAUGAGGAGUCUGCAUCACACCUACCACAGUUUCCUAAAAGAUUUGGACUUUCUGUCUCCAGUCUCGUUACCCAGAAGUCUCCUGGAGCUGCUACACUGCCCCCUGGGGCACUGUCACCGGUGUAGCGAGCCCAUGUUUACGAUUGUCUACCCCAAGCUCUUUCCCUUGAGAGAGACACCGAUGGCAGGGCUGCACCAGGGGAGGACAGCUGUUAGUUUUGUGGCUUACUGCUGCUCCACCCAGUGUCUGCAGACUUUUGACCUACUGAGCUGAUAAACACUCAGGAGCCUCAGGAGUAUUGCCAGCUUGACACACAGUCGCCUGCAUAUCACACGCUGUUUGUGCGGCAGAGUGACAGGAGAGGCCAGCCUGGCUGAGCAGGCCCUUACAUCCAGUCCCGUCAAAGGCGGGGGGACUGCAGAACACUCUGUAAAUGUCAUGAUUGGGCUUCAGGGCUAAAAUGCCUUCACCCUUCCUCUAAGUUGGAAUAUAUCCUCCCCAAAAUUAA